UACCGUUUAAUUAGUGAUUUUAUUUUCACGAAUUUCUUACACUCUGUCCCGGUUUGUUGAGUGCUGAAUGCAUUAGUAUGCCUUCGCGUGUAAACUUAUCUUAUUUUUUAUUUCAUAACCAGAGUGCUGAAUGCAUUGGGAUUGGGCAAGUAUUCAAUAAACUGGUGACGGAGAUCGGAAGUCCAGUUGAUUUUGAACUUCCCCAAUCAUUAAAUAAAUGGAAACCUACUUCUUAUUCAUUUAUCAGGCGCAAUGUGUAUCUAGCUAAGAAGACGAAAAGGCGUUUGGGGGAUGAUGGAAUCUUUUGUUCCUGCAGCUCGUCACCUGGAUCUUCUGGUGUUUGUGGUAGAGAUUGCCUUUGCGAUGUGUUGAUGUCUAGCUGCUCUUCGGCCUGUAAAUGUGGGAGCUCAUGUCUGAAUAAGCCAUUUCAUCGGAGGCCUGUGAAGCAGAUCAAAACCGUGCAGACUGAGAAAUGCGGAAUGGGUAUAGUGGCAGAAGAAGACAUCAGGAAAGGAGAAUUUGUGAUAGAAUAUGUCGGAGAAGUUAUUGAUGAUAUAACAUGCGAGGAAAGACUCUGGAAAAUGAAACACAAGGGAGAAACAAAUUUUUACCUCUGUGAAAUCAAUCGAGACAUGGUUAUCGAUGCCACUUAUAAGGGAAACAAGUCUAGAUACAUUAAUCACAGUUGCUGUCCCAAUACCGAGAUGCAGAAAUGGAUGAUUGGUGGUGAAACAAGAAUCGGAAUAUUUGCCACCUGUGAUAUUAAGAAGGGCGAGCAUCUGACCUAUGAUUAUAAGUUUGUGCAAUUUGGAGCAGAUCAAGAUUGCUACUGUGGUGCUGCAGGUUGCCGAAAGAAGUUAGGAGUUAAACCAAAAAAUCAUGCUUCGGAUGCUGCACUGAAAGUAGUAACAUGUCAAGUGGCUGCAAACUCUCCGAAAGCGAAAGCAGUUAUAUCAAAUAAACCUGUAUAUAUGAAUGGAGUUCCUGGUGUAGGAGGUUUAAGGAACAAUUCUUCUCAAAGAAAAAAGAAGCGCCGGAAUUGCAUCGGUUCAGUAAUAAGAAUUUUUCACAUUCCAGAUAAUAGGUCCUUUGGGAUAAUAAGACACUUUGACAACACCAGGAGAAAACAUUUGAUUAUGUUUGAAGACGGAGAUUCCGACUUUCUAGACUUGUCGAAAGAAGAAUGGGAAUUUUGUCAUUGUUAAAUACAUUGUCAGGUGUGAGGAAGAUGUGCUAUAUAAUGUUUACAGUGAAUGGAGGAGGAUUAAUAUUACCUAUAGAUUUCUUAUUUUUUGCCAAUAAUUUUUUGGGCAAUACAUAUGUGAUAUAUUGUAAUUCUUUAUUUCGUUUUAUUUUGUGUUCAAUUUGUAAUAGCAAUCUACAAGUGUAAUCUAUAUAAUAAAUAAAAUGGUUAAAUACAGUUUACACCCAUAAAAUAUAUGGUGGUAACAUUUAAUCUUUAAAGUUACAAAUGUAAAAUUUACCUCUCCAUUAAUGUAUUUGGUGGAAAGACUUUGAGUUUAAAUGAUGCGGCAUUUUUCUUUCUCAAUAUAUA